AUGACAAUACUUCCUAUCAUUAUUACUUUUCUGCGUUUUAGCAACGUACUAUCCGGAAAUAUACCUGAUUGCCAUGAUUUAUCAUCAUCUGAACCUGAUGAUUACGAUGAUAAGCAAUGCCUACUCAAACGAAGCGCUGCGAAAAGAAAAAGCUGUUCUUACUCGCACAAGAGCAAAGAGGCUCAACAAAAUCAUAAAAAACAUUCUAAAAACGAAUUAGAUUGUUCUGAAAAGUGUAGCUGCCGAAUACGCCAUAAUCACGGUAAAGCAGGUAAAAAAACUGCAGACAUUGAACAACAUACCCCCAAUAAUGACCAGUCAUCCGACAAAUUUUUUGACCAUGACGAUACCUCUUAUACUCCAUUGCUCGGUACUGAGAGCAAGAAUUGUUCUGGUGUGGGUAAGAAAGGUAUAAAAGGUGACAUAAUGAAGUGUACCUUAUUGUAA